AUGGCUCACAGAGGAACCAAUGGCAGUAAACUCUUCAUGACAGUGUUGUGCAUGGUGGCAGUGUGUGGUGCUAUCCCCAUCACCGACCUGCUGGACCGAGCCUCUCAGCACUCUGACAAACUCCACUCCCUCAGCACAAUACUCACCCAAGAGCUGGACUCUCAUUUCCCUCCUAUAGGCCGGGUGAUCAUGCCCCGCCCUUCAAUGUGCCACACUUCCUCUCUUGAGACACCCACUGACAAGGACCAAGCUCUUCAAGUGUCAGAAGCAAACCUAAUGUCAUUGGCUCGUUCCCUGCUUCAAGCCUGGAUGGACCCAUUGGUAGUCCUCUCGACUUCCGCUCACACCCUGCCUCACCCAUCCCGGAACAGCAUAUUCAACAAGGUCCAGGAGCUGCAGGAGCACUCCAAGAACCUGGGAGAUGGCCUGAACAUACUAUCGGGCAAGAUGGAUCCAAUGGCUCAGACCAUCUCCUACCUACCCUACAGCAACAACAUCGGCCAGGACAAGAUAUCUAAAUUGACCAACUUCCAAUUCCUUUUGUCCUGCUUCCGUCGGGACUCUCACAAAAUUGAUAGUUUCCUGAAGGUCCUACGCUGCAGGGCAGCAAAGAUGCAACCCCACCUGUGCUGA